CGGAUCCAUGGGAGGAUGAAGGAGAUGGUUGGAGGCUGCUGCGUGUGCUCAGAUGAGAGAGGCUGGGCCGAGAACCCGCUUGUCUAUUGUGACGGACAUGGGUGCAAUGUGGCUGUGCAUCAAGCCUGCUAUGGGAUUGUGCAGGUUCCCACAGGACCCUGGUUUUGUCGGAAAUGUGAGUCUCAGGAGAGGGCUGCCCGAGUGAGAUGUGACCUUUGCCCACAUAAAGAAGGGGCACUAAAGAGAACAGACAAUGGAGGUUGGGCACAUGUGGUGUGUGCUCUUUAUAUUCCUGAGGUUCAGUUUGCCAAUGUCCUGACUAUGGAACCCAUUGUGCUGCAAUAUGUUCCCCAUGAUCGCUUUAACAAGACCUGCUAUAUUUGUGAAGAACAAGGCCGCGAGAGUAGAGCUGCAUCAGGGGCUUGUAUGACCUGCAAUCGUCACGGCUGUCGACAGGCAUUCCACGUGACAUGUGCUCAGAUGGCUGGGCUGCUGUGUGAAGAGGAGGCUCAGGAGGUGGAUAAUGUGAAGUACAUUGGAUACUGCAAGUACCACUUCAACAAGAUGGUGAGCGACCCUCAGAAGGUUUCUCGUCUCACCUGUCCUUUUGUGCCUGGUCGGUGCAGUCGUUCUGCCUCGCCUGCCCUAGAAAAACCCAUUCUAUAUAGAGACCGACAGAAGAAGAGUCAUAAAGACAAAGAGAGGAUCCGGCAUCGAAAGCACCGGGAUUCCCCAGGUCAUUUGAAUGCUCCAUCCCUGCUACCCAUAACUGCUGAGAAGCAGGAGAGCAGUAUGGACAGCCCGGAGAUUGUAAGGUCAGAGGUAAAAGGGAAGAAACUAUCAAAUCAUAGAGGUCGUAAAAUUGGAAAGGGAGCAACAGGUGGAGGUUCCCUCCCAGCAGGUAAUACCUCCUCUCCGCCUCUUCUGGUUACCUUUCCAAAACUAGAGGAACAAGAAGAUGAGGAUGAAGAAGAGGAAGAGGAAGAUGAUGAAGAGGGAUCCUCAAGGGCUGCACCUCCCUCUCCACCAGAACUUACUUUUUCAAGCUUUGGUUCCAUUAUGCGCUUUUCCACUGUCUCAGGUGGCACCCCUCGAACUUGGGAUCCCAUUCCUGGUGAAACUCGAACACAGAAAUGGAGCAGAGAGGGAGCAGAACCACCUCGGGAAAAAAAGCACAAGGGCAACAAGAGGAGCAGGCAUGGCCCUGGGCGACCCCGCGGAAGCAAAAACAAUCCUUCACACAGCACUUCCCCUCUCACUCUGCCUCCUCUGCCACGGAACUAUACUCACCCCACCUCCUUACACAGUGUCAACCUGGAGUCCCCUCUUCUAUCCUCAGGUAUAUACACCAGUAACAAGGACCCCAUCACAGUGAGGACAGCCUGCAGUACUCCGCUUUCCUCCAGCCUCCUUUCUCACCAGAACUCCCUUCCACCAUACAGCAGAGCAUGCCCUAUUACUCCCUCCUCCACUGCAUCUACUACACAGGUUUUUUCUUUGGCUGGACCCACUUUCAGUAUUCCCUCAUCUCACAUUUUUGGAAGUCCACUGUCAAUGCCUCCUCUUCUCAGCCAGGUUGAGAGCAGCCGCACAGAGCCUGAGUUGGAAGACUGCAGUUUUGCGUGUAGAGGGAGCUCCCCCAGAGAGAGUCUGUCAUCCAUGUCACCCAUCAGCAGCUUACCGCCUCUGUUUGAUCCAAGUGCCCCCUGCAGUCAAAAUGAAAGUGUCCCUCAAGUCACUGCUAACCUUGAGCAGCUACUGGAAAAGCAUGGAGAGGCAGGAGUUAAUAUUGUAGACAUGCUCCAAGCCUUGCACUCACUGCAGAAGGAGAAUCGUUCUUUGCAGGAUCAGAUAUUGACUCUAACUGCACGAAAGGAGAAGCUGCAACUACUCAAUGUCCAGCUUUCCUGCCCAUUCCCUCCUAAUUUGCCAACAGCUAACGCUUCACUUGGUAGCUCACAAGAUUAUAUCAAUAAUAAAAGUCCCACUUCAAAGGGCAGCUUCCGUACAGAGAAUUCACUGUCUGAGGACCCCCACUCAGGCUGCCCCAGUAGAAGCAGUUCUUGUCUGUCAGUGCACAGUACUUCUCCACCAGGUCCAAUCCCACAGGGUGGGCCUUCGCUACCAACCAUAGGGGCAGAGCAGCUUGUGAAUGGGCUAGUAAGAUCAUCAGGCCAAGGGGCACCACCUUCUCUUGCCACCAUCCCUCUACUAGGGGCUUUGUCAGGAAAUCCAGGAGCACUUGCACUGAAUAGUAUUCUGGGAAGCAUCAGCGGAAGUCUUCAAGGGACAGCAGGGCAAACGCCAAAUGCUCUGCGAGGUGGAACAGUUGGCUCCCAGAUACCAAGCAGUCUCCCAACAAUGAAUACUAUUUCAGAACAGCAGAGGCAUCUUUUCCACCAGUUACAGCAGAUCACAUCAACAAAUCUUACUGCAGAUCAACAGAGCCUUCUUUGCCAGUGGAUUCAGAACAUACAGCAACGACGCGAUCUUCAGCGACUUAUGGCAUCAUCCACAGCACCACCCCUUCUUCCAGUGACCUCAACUUGUAGCACAAUGGCAUCAUCACCUGCCCCUCCCAUUCUUACAGCACAAACCCCUCCCUUCUUGGGGCUUCAGGGUGAGGGGUGUGGUCCAAAAACCUCAAGAGGUGGUGAAAAGACUCCGACAAACCAGGACAAGGGAUAAAGUGCUCGGUCUUGACCUGUGUAAGGAAGAGUGAGAUGAGUCAAUGAAGCAAGGAAGAAGCAAUCGCCCUGUUUAUGAAAAAUAAGGGAUACACUUGAUUUUGCUGGAAAGAGGUGUACAGCUAUGAUGAGACCAAGAACAUAAUGUCACAUAAGUGGACAUAUAAUGUUAUACAUAUACAUUGUCUCAUACAGAAUCAGUUUAAAAUGAUAUAUCUUUUCUGGAAUAGUUGCUCACCAAGAAUCGGGCUUCCUGCCUAACUUCCACAAAGAAACAUGUACAAGGUACACACUCACUAAGACUUAGAGGAAAUUAGCUUUGUCUAAGGUCUCUCCUCAAUAUGAUAAUAAUCCUGAGAUUUAUUCAUCUUAAAAACUGGGAAAUUGAUGGCCUUCACAAUUUUCCCAUGUCUUCUUAGUCAUCUUAUUUUAGCAAUCUAUGACUCAGUUGGAAGUAAAGCAAUGUGUCAUCUCAACCCAUUUUUUUUAAAGCUUUCAAGUCGCUCAUCCCUGCUUGUUUCCGUUCCCUGGCACCAAGUGCAGGUUCUGAAGCACCUUGUGAUACUCAGUAUCAGUCUACGUGAAGGAAGAGCUGUGUUCCGCUCUGUGUUGCACUGUGCUUGUGUUCCUAAAUGUACAUGAGACCAUUUAUAUAUGUAUUUUAUUUUAUUUUUUUCAAUUCCUGGUUGGGGCGUCCCCCAUAACCCCAACCUUUUUUCAUAUGUGAUUGAUUUUUAUACAAAGAGCAAAACAUGUAGUUGUUUAUAUUGUUAGUUCAUUAGCAGAAACUGUAGAUAUGUGUCCAGCCAUGUCAUUUUUGGGGCUAAAUUUGUAGAAAGUAAUUCAAUUCCUCUUCAGUUGAGAGGCUGGGUGUAUGUAUAUCUCUUUUUGAAUAUAUAUUAUAUAUAUAUGUAUGUAUAAAUAUAUAGUACGUGGGUUUUGGGGCACAAGAAAGUACCCCAAUAUUUUGCACCUUUCAAAAGUCGCUCUGCGCAUCUAAAUGACUGUUCUGUAUAGAGGGAAAUGUGUGUUUUAUGUUCAGAUAGAAAACUGCUGUGUGUGUGUGUUAUUCGCUCCUUGUUUCUAUGGAUUUCACACCCACAUUUUAAUUGGAGCCACCAAAUACAGUGGCAGUCUUGGAGUUCAGGUUUAGUCAAUAACACAUCUUGACUUGUUUUUAUUAUCAUUCUGCUGUUAUGUUAUAGUAAUCAUGGUUUAAGAGUACCCCCACUUUUACUCCCCAAAAUGACAGCAAUCUUUGAAAUAGCAUGGUCCUUAGCAGAAAUAUAGCACUUAAAAUGUGUCCCCUCCUCUGUCUGCUUCUUAGCAUCAUCCAGUGUUAAAAUCCAGGAAAGAGUGUUCAGCUUAGUGUAGAACAGUAAAAAUAAAAAAGCAAUGACAGAGGUUAAAAACCCAUGUGUAUUGCAGAUCUUAAAUUAAAAAAAAAGUUUAGUAUGUAAUUAUCUCUUAUCUGUAAACCGUUCCAGGACUAUAUACAGAGGGGCAUUUUGGAGGUAAUUGUAGAAUGAGUAGAAUAGCUUAAUUGCAACAUAUGUGAAUGUAAAACAAACCCUGUAAAAUGUAAGCAUUGAUUCUAUCUACAGUUCUUUAUUACCUGGUAGGAACCACCAAAGUCAACAUAGCCUUUAAAGGAACCUUAAAAUGCAGUACAAACGGUAUAUUAGCCAAUAGUGCUGCAAAAUUGUACAACAGAACAGCUAAUAUAGCUAACAGGGACCAGAUGUUGAUCACAACAGAGAAACAUUCAAAAUAGUGAAACAUCCAAAACUGGGUCUUAAAAAUUAGGGAUGCACCAAAAUUUCGGCCGCAGAAACGUUUCGGCCGAAAAUGGCAUUUUUGGCUAUUUCGGUUUUUGAUGUUUUUGCCAGUUAUUUUCGGUAAAAUUGUGUAGCAUGUUUCAAAUUUGAUUUUAGCCUAGAGCUGCUGUUUAAGUUCAUUACUUGACUAACUGUUCUGCAUAUAAUGAGUUUUCUAGGUCUAUACUUUAUUUGGAUAAUUGGUAAAAAAAAAACUGUUAAAUAUGAUUCUGUUACAUAGAACUAAAUGAAGAAUAAUACAGUAUAUUGAUAUUUAAUAUUGUUUUAAGUAGGGAUGCACCAAAAGUUUGGUCGCAGAAACAUUUUGGCCGAAAAUGGCAUUAUUUUUUGCCUGUUUUUUUUUUUUCUUGGUAAAAUUAUUGUGUAGCAUAUUAUUGUUUUAAGAUAUUUUUGUCCAAUUUUAGUGUGUUACUUUCAAUAAAAGUGUGGGCUUUUUUAUUGGCUCUAAUUAAGCAAAAAAAAAACUUUUUUUAAAAAAAAUUGAAAAUAAAUUGAAAUUUUUGGUAUCAGUUUCGGUUUUCGGCCAAAUGCAUCCCCGAUUUUCGGAUUCGGUCCAGAAUUUCCAUUUCGGUGCAUCACUAUUAAAAAUAUUUCAGAUUUGUUUUUCUCUUUAUACUAUUUACAUAUUUAUUCUAAUUCUAUAAUUAAUUUUACUAUUAGGCUUCAUUUUCAUUUAUAGAGUUUAACACCCAUUUAAAGGGACAAGUACACAUUUAGAGACAACUUGCAGCUAGACUAAUUAUAAUUUUGGUCAAACACACAACAUGCUGACAAAAGGACUCGUGCAUGUGCACCCCCCACACACACACGUGUCAUCAAUGACGUGCUGCAUGUAUUGCAAACAUGCUUCUAAAUGUAUUUCAUAUGUACUGUUAUGUCCAUUUAAUAAUGAUUUUGUUCCUUCCGGGUAGUGAAUUUUGUAACUGUAAUAAAUCUAGACAAAGGUUUAACUGGAGAUAUGGCAGACAGGUGGAAAGAAGUAGGAUUUUUAUGCUAUCUCCAAAACCCAAACUUUGUUUUGUUCUAGUUCUAUGAUGCAAUCACUUUUUAUUGUAGGAAGGAAUGUACAUCAGUUAAAUGCUAGGAAUCAGUCCCAGGCAUGUAUCACAUCAUCAGAAUAUGACUCUGCAUUCCAUUAAUAAUGUGGUUGAUGCUUAAUUGUGACAUAGAAAUGCUAUGAACAGACAGGUAACUGACGCACAGGUUGACAAAGAGGUUCAGAAUGAGAAAGCACUUAUUAAACAGUUGACUAAUUUGACCAUGUACUGCACGUGUAAACUUUACUUAACUGUCACAAAAGGAAAUGACAGUUAUAGAGGAAGCAAUAGGAUUUUUUUCUAUUUGCCGAGUGUGCUAAAUGUUGAGAUAUGUUAUAUUAAUUAAUCACAGUUUGUGAUCUUACAGUGCAAUGUCAUUAUUGCUUUAAAGCAAUAUUUUAGGAUUCUUGAAACAGUCCAUUAGCAAAAUGGCUAGAGAUCAAUUUAAAGGGAAUAAACAAAAAAAUUUGAGUCAUAUUAUUACAUUUUUAUCCUGAAUAUUAUCAAAGACCAAAGAGAUAAUGGGUUUAGAAAUUGGAUAUCAAGUAGAAAAAUGACAAAUGUGGCUGGACAUGCUAUGUUUUUGUGUUAAGCACUUUGGCAAAUGUAUAAAUUCUCAUAUAAAUUUAAUUGACUAGGAUUGCACAUAUUCAUGCUAUAGGGAGGGUGGAACUGAUUAACACCAGCAAUAAAGGGGUUGAUCUGGUCAAACAUUUUUUUAGGGUGAAAUUAAUUUACCAUGUGUAACUGCUGGAAUUACUUUAAAUGAUUUUUGACUUGGAAUAAUAUGUUGUAUUAUGAUUUAUAUGGAAUAUUGUUUUGUACUUUUUUAAGAAAAUGUUAAAAUGAUUUGCUGAUAUGUAAAUGCCUUGAAUGUGGUUGUAUUUCAAGUGUGUCUACACAAGGAUAGUGGUGUACAAACAUAGGGAAGAUAAUUCAGUAGCAAAAGAAUAGCUGUAAGCAUUAAUGCUAAGAAACCAGGAAGCGUACCUUAAAUUAUGAAGUUUUAAUUUUACUCCAUCAUUCUAGAAAAAAAAAUCUAUUUGACCUCUUCUUCAAGGAACCAGCAGACAAUUAGUAAGGGAGCAAAUAUCUGUAAUCUCAAAUGCUUCUGAGCAACCUUAAAAAAAUAAAAUCUUAAAAAUAUCCCACUGGCCAACUUUUGGGCCAUAAAACAGUACAUUUUAGUGCAUGAUUUUAUUAGUUUUCUACAUUUUACAUAAUUUAUAAGAUAUAAAAAGUCAAAUGAUAAUGAAUUGAUAGAUCAGGUGUUCAAAGUAUGUAUGUAUAUAUAUCUACAAAUGUUGGAGGAAAACAUAUUAAGAGUAUUCCACAAGAAUCAAGAUUACCAAAAGUCACCUCUCACAAAUUUACAGCACUUAAUAUACAAAACAUUUAUUUAAAAGUUUCUGCACCUUAUGGGUGUAAUUGCAUCAGCGUUGGGCAACCAUUAUUGCUUCAAGGUCUUAAUGUGUGUCACCUUUUGCCUAAAAAAAGGAACACACUACUUUUAACUUCUAUAUUGGACCCACAGUAGAAGAUUUAAAAAAAAAACUCUAUUGUAAAGGGUGUUUUAAUUAUGGAAAGGGAAUUAAGAGUGAGUGCAAAUGUAUUGAGUGGGUUGGUAUAAAACAGGGACUCACACUGGGCUGACUUUAGGCUAUUUAUUGCACACCAAUGAUGUAUUAAAUUAAACCUGAUAUGGAUGAUGAGGACUGGCUUGUCUGUAGGUUUGUUGGCCACAGUCUGGGCAGUCUUGUAGGCAUAAAUGCACUUAGGGGUCUUCAGACACCUAAAACGUAUCAUUCUAGUACCAGUUUUACAAUAGAACGUCCAAUGGUCAUUUGAUAUUCUUCACACUUAGCAAUUGGAUUUGUCAACAUUUCCUAUAUAUACUGAUACAUACAAUAACAUUCUGAUUUGCUUACUAGAAGAAGUGUGACCCUGCAAUUUCAUUAUUAAUCUUUUUUUUUUGGUACAUCCCCUUGAGGGGUGUAUUUGAUAAGAUCCUAUCCUCGUGUUUGUUUAAAUAAAAUAUACAGUUUUGUUUCCUAAA